AUUAUAACCCCUACACAUAAAUACACGCUCUGUAAUUGUUUGCUCAAUAGAUGUAACGUUUUUCGCAUUAGAUUCGAUUACAAUUAUUAAAAGUCAUAUAUAUAUAUGCUCUCAAAUAUGCAUUUUACAAACGCAAAAAACAAUGGUAAAUUUUGGAAAGUUCUGUUAUUAUCGUUAUAUAUUUGACCAUGUAAGGAUUUCUUGUAAACAAUAUAAAAUACGUUCUGUAACGUUUCAUUAAGAAUAGCCGAGUGGUUUAAGCGCUAGUCUUUUACUCCAAGGGUGAGUGGUGCGAGCGCAGGUGUUGAUUUCAUUCUAAAUUCAACUGUAUUUUUGUUUUAUACUGCAAAUCUUUAAAAUCUAUGUUUAACUACAAACUUAAAAACAUCUCAAAAUCUGUGAAAAGGUCCCUUUAACCGGUUGUCAUGGUUGCAUAUACAAAAUAUGUAGACACAAGCGUUCAUGAUUGUUCAAGCCAUGGAUAUUGUAAAUAGUUUCUGAUGUACAUGUAUUAAUCAAUUUGCAUCAAAGAGCUUGAAAUGAACGGUCAAUUAAAUUCCCGUAUUGUCAAUGCAAAUACGGAAUAAUUAAUGUCUUUAAAUUAUAACAUUUCAUAUAAGCAUCACUAUAUUGCGGCAAAUGAUUUUUUUGUGUGCUCUGCCUGCUUGCACAAACUAUCGCGUUGCAAACCACAGCUGAUGGCCACUGGUCAAACUGGACCUCAUGGACUAUGUGCACGCUAACCUGUGGCGGCGGGCAACAGUAUCGAGAGAGGCAGUGUACUUACCCCGACCACACCUUACAUGGACAAUACUGCCCGGGGCCUAAAAAUCAAACGCAGGAGUGCAAUUCCCGGAACUGUCCAGUGGACGGCAUUUGGACCCAGUGGUCCGCUUAUUCCAAAUGUUCUGUUUCUUGCGCAAGUGGUUUCCAAACCAGGGCAAGACAGUGUCAGUUCGAUCCAAGGUAUGACAGAGGCAAUAGCUGUCCAGGAAAUGAUACAUCUACUCAGUUAUGUGACAAUGGACAUUGUCCUGUUGACGGUGUGUUCGAAAACUGGAGCACGUGGAACGCUUGUCCGGUCACGUGCGGAGGAGGAAUACAAGAUCGCAUGCGCGUCUGUCACUUUCCACCUAACGUUCCCCAUGGUUUGGCCUGUUUGGGAAUCUCACACGAGAACCAGACAUGUGGAAAUUCAGAUUGCCCAGUCGAUGGAGUAUUAACGGAAUGGUCACAGUGGGCCGACUGCACCCUAACCUGCGGAGGCGGCUAUAUGAUUAGGAAUAGGACAUGCUACUUUCCACCCUACAUACCACACGGCCAUGACUGCGUUGGAAACCUUAAUUUUGCCAAAGCAUGCGCCUCUCAUGCAUGUCCAGUGGACGGUGUUUGGAACGAUUGGGCUUCAUGGGCCACGUGUUCUUUGACCUGCGGAGGAGGGUCACAGCAGAGGACGAGGAGGUGUCACUAUGACAGUCCUCAUCACGGGACCCCAUGCGCCGGACCAGAUACUGAGACGAGGGAUUGUAGCACCGAUCACUGCCCAAUUGAUGGUCAUUGGAAAACUUGGAACUCAUGGACCUCAUGUUCGGUUACCUGUAGCAACGGAACAAAGUCUCGUGCUAGAGAAUGCUAUUUUGUGCCUGAUGAGCCCAAGGGCAACAACUGCUCUGGAAGCGCCAACGAGACUUUUGAUUGCAAUCUUGGGUUAUGUCCAGUUGAUGGUCACUGGUCAGACUGGACACCGUGGUCGUCUUGUAGCGUUACAUGUGCCACUGGCAACAUCACGCGAUCUCGCACCUGUUCCAAUCCGGCUCCAGCUAAUGGCGGACACCAGUGUUAUGGACUAGGUGAAGAAUGGGAUGCAUGCAAUUUACCUAAAUGCCCAAUGUGGUCGUCCUGGUUCAGUGGAACAUGCUCAGUGACAUGCGGACAAGGCAACCAGGCACGUGUACGACAUUGUAGUACCGGAAAUUCAGCUGACUGUAAUGGACCGGCGUUCGAAAACGCCACGUGUCAUGCCUCGCCAUGUGCUGUCGACGGACAUUGGUCCGAAUGGUCCACGUGGUCCAAUUGUGACGUAACGUGUGCAAGUGGACAUACACACCGAACAAGGAACUGUUCAAAUCCCAAACCACUAUACGGGGGAUCCGACUGUCAAGGGGAUACUGUGGAUUCAAAAUCGUGCACUAUGCAGAACUGUCCAACCUGGUCCCAGUGGUUUUCGGGCGAGUGUUCGGUCACCUGUGGGGACGGAUCCGCGAGCCUCCUGCGGAUGUGUUCUACCGGAAAGGACUCAGACUGCUCAGGAACGCCGUUCGACAGUGUAGCCUGUCACAAACCUGCUUGUUGAAUGUUCCGUUCGAUACAUUUGAAAUACACCGCCUAGGUCUGAAAACCGUUUAGUUAUGCCUAUCAGCAAACACCUUAGUUUGGUAUUGAGAUACAUUCCGAAUUCCUUCAAAUGUUAUGUUGUGCCUUCAAUAAACGUGCGUGUUUCAUGAAUGCCGCCAUACAUAUACAAUCAUAAGUUUUGCCAAACGCGGACAAAUCCAGCCAUUUUCUGUUGCAAUGAUUGAUUAUUUUGUGUGAUAAAGUAAAUCACUUGGACAAAGUAUAUGUAAUAAGAUUUCAAUCGUAAGUUUAAAAUGAAUACAUAUCAUAUAUAAUCACUUUAAUUAAACUGGUAAGUGUCGAUGAUUUCCCGUUUGCUAAAAGUGGAAUCGAUUUAAAUCCAUCAUUUAAAUACUAGUUAACUAUAAGUUCAAUAGUUAGUUUUUAAACUUAAUCUAAAGAAUAAUAUGGAGAACGUUUUUCACACAUUAUAAAUAUAAAUUAUAACAUGUAGCUGGGGAAGGUUGAUUCCACAACAAGUGUUAUAUAUUUCGGCUGAGUUGAAUAACGAUCGAUAAUACAUUUAUUUUAACAAAACUAAUAAAACUAAUAAGCAAAGUAUACCUUAGUAUACAUUUAUUUUAAAUUUUCUCAUUAUCCAAUAUACCUAUCUUACUGUCCUUUUACUGGAAAGAUGAAGUUGCAAACGUGUGUAAAAGCAAUAUCGAUAUACGUUUCAACAAUUAUAAGGAUAAUUGACCACACAAGCCAACUUGCUUAUCCACGAACGGCCCACUGGCUGUAAACAAACGGCCAAAUGGCGUUCAACAAACGGCCAAGUGGCGUUCAACAAAUGGUCAACUGGCGUUCAACAAACGGUCAACUGGCGUUCAACAAACGGUCAACUGGCAUUCAACAAACGGCCAACUGGCGUUCAACAAACGGCCAACUGGCGUUCAACAAACGGCCUUCUGGCGUUCAACAAACGGUCAACAGGCGUUCAACAAACGGCCAACUGGCUUAAACAAACGGUCAACUGGCGUUCAAUAAACGGCAAACUGGCGUUCAACAAACGACCAAAUGGCGUUCAACAAACCGCCAAAUGGCGUUUAACAAACGGUCAACUGGCGUUUAACAAACGGCGAACUGGCGAUCAACAAACGGCCAACUGGCGUUCAACAAACGGUCAACUAGCGUUCAACAAACGGUCAACUUACAACAUAAGCCACCUGACAUUUACACAAGUCAAACUGAGUUUCAAACAAGAAAAGUAUUUAGCGUAUAUUCUUACUUUGAAAUAAAGGUAGAACAUUUACUUUUCUAUGUAAUGAAAUUAAAACACAAACGUUUAAGUA